ACGAUCACGUCAACAAGAAAGCAUCGCAUGUUAUGAUUCACACCAGAAGGUCACCAUGAAAAUCGCUUCGUGUCAGGUUAUUAUUUUCUGCAUUUCCGUGGUUCAAAUUAUUCAGAUCGUAACUGCAUGUGGACGAUCAGGAAGCAAAGAUGGAUACGGCAAAGAAGACAGCAACUACACCGGUAUAUUCAAUUUAUCUGAUUUAAAUGCAACAGGCGUAUACAAUUCUACGGAAAGUGUACUCAUCGGGAUGAAAACGGAAGACUCAGAGGUCGGGGAAGUUCGAAACGCACCGGCCAAUGUACCAAAGCAGGCGCCAAGAAUUACAAUGAAGUAUCGAUAUUGCCUAUGUAAGCGUCGUUUGGAUCUUUCAGAGAUGAGAUAUGAAGGUGAAGCGAUGCUGAACUAUGACGACAUCGACGAGGAAUACGACAGUGAGAACCAAGAACUGACGUUUGCUGAUUUUGAAUUAAUCUCCGAUAUACGUAAGCGACGGAGGAGAUCACAGAGGUCGUCACGGUCAAAACGAUUCAUAUGGUACGGUCCGUCGCAUACCUAUGUGGAGUUCCGGGACGUCGUCUUUGAUUUUUCCAGUGAUAACGAUAUUGGUGAAAAUCGAGAAGACAGAUGUUGCGAUUAUCAGCCCCUGGAAGACGGCUACAGCGCAUGCUCACUACAAAAUAUCCGCCAGUUCAACAGAAGAUGGGAAACUCAUCCAAGCACAAAACGAUAUCGAUUGAUCACGUCAUCUGACAUUCCAACAAAUGAUGGCACAUUUGAUUAA